UUUUUUUUUUGUUUUCUCGGACACGUGAUUGUUUGUGGGUCCCCUAUAUAAGCGGGUGUCCGUGCCCACGGAAAGUCACAGUUUCCGUAGCGAGACAGCCAAAAACCACCCAGUUUUCAUCAUGAACGCUCUUUUCGCCGCCGCCCUUCUGGGCUUUGUCGCCGUCGCCACCGCUUACCCCCACAAGUUCGGAUUCGGCGGAUACGGCUAUGGUGGCCACGGCUAUGGCUACGGCCUUGGCCACGGCUACGGCCUUGGAUAUGGCUAUGGCGGCCACGGAUACGGUCACGGCGUUGCUGUCGCCGCCCCCGUUGUGAAGGCCCUCGGCCACUACAGGAGCUCCUCCUACGGCAGCCACAUUAACCACGGCGUCAGCUACUCUGCCCGCGGAUACGGCGGAUACGGUUACGGCCACGGAGGAUAUGGCGGAUACGGUUACGGACACGGCGGAUACGGCCACGGCUACGGCGUCGUCGCCGCUGCCCCCGUUGCCGUCGCUGUCGGCCACGGUUACGGACACGGCUACGGUCUCGGCUACGGUCACGGCUACGGCCAUGGCUACGGCUACCACGGCUAAACGCAGAUUGUGAGCACCUGUGUUGCCGCCUCAAGGCAUCAGUGCACCAGUUCGGACCCUGAGCCAGGACUGGCCACUUCGCGAGGGCCUCGGACGCUCGUCUGAAACAAACACACGACGACGGCGUCAGGCUGCACGAAAUGUCUUUGGGUGCGCGGCGCAGACAUGUACAGACUAGCAGGGAGCGUUGUUGAACAACUGGAGUGAUUGGGCUGUUCGUCGCUUCUCACUGGUCGAUGAACUUU